AUGGUGUCUACAUCCUCCUCCAUGUGUUUGGAGCGUUCUCGUGCUGUGCGCCCUCUAGCGGCAACAUCGCGAAUAACCAACGCCUGCGUGCUGUUAGGCUUCAGGUCAGCGGGGGUCACCUCACAUGACUUUGGUACACUACUAGGAGGAAAUCUCAGGAUCCUUAAGAAUAUUAUUCUCCAGGAUGGUGCAGAAUUCACGAAGGUGUGGACCAAAUCCUCCAAAUCCAUCAUUUCAUAUGAAAGUGGAAGGAUAUAUUUUGAGAAUUACAGGUGCUCCUACACCAGCCUAACACCACAACCACAGCUCUUGUAUGAGAUGCCAAAGCGAUCCAAAGCUGAGAAGAUUGAGGAUUCCUUAUUAUGCCAAUGUCCACUUGAUAAAGUGCUCCCAUGGGCCUUGGAGCAGAAACCCAGCCUUCUAGCCCUUACAGCUAAUAACUGGUUGUAUCACCUCUCAGCUGACACAGGAGAAACGCUGCACAGAGUCUACCUCUCAUCUCAUUUCAAGUUCAGAUCGCUGGGAUGGGAUGUCUCUCAGGAAACAUUUUAUGUCAAAUCCAUUCAGCACAAGCAGACACCACUAGCACGACAGGCUGGUGUUGAGAACAACGUCCUCAUGCAUUUAGCAAUAUUCAAAGUCUUUCCUCUUGAUGUUAUUGGACUGCUGGAGAUCAACAAAAAAGUCUUUGGUAAAUCCGUGGUUGAUGUUAUCCUUUCUCAAGGAGUGUUGGCUGUGUCACACAGCUCGAAAUGUGUAAAGCUUUACAGCUUUGAAUACAUUGUGAAAAAGUUCAGGACCAAGAGGCUGGUACUGGGACAGGAGUGUGAUUUAUAUGGUGCUAGGGGAAUAGUGGGAGACAGUCCCUAUGGCAUUCCAGUCAACAUUCACAUCAAGGAGUGUCCUCCUGCACUGUUCGAGAUGUCGUACUUGGAUAAUGGGAUCCAGAUCGGAGGCCACCCAUGGCACUACAUCUAUACACCUAACCAUAAGAGACACAGGGGGACACACCACAUCUGCUCCAUCAGUGAUGGUGCCCUGGCAAACAAUGGUGUGCAGAAUAUGAAGUGUGACUCGCUGGAGGCAGACUGGAUCUUUUUCCACCCGGACGACUCGGGCAGGAUCAUCCAUGCUGGGCCCAGUACCAUAAAUGUUCUGAAAAUCAAUGCAGAAAAAGACUUCAAUUCAAAGUAUGAGGUGGUCUGUGACUUCUCUAUUAUGGCAUCCAGAGAAAACAGCGCCUCCUCCCAAGUGACAGUGACCUCCUCUGGCCGAAGAGUGAAGAAAAGAAUUCAGCAGCUGGAAGAUGAUCCUGAGCAGGAGACAUUUAAGAUGGUUAAAUAUGAAGAUGAGCUGGACCUGUUAGCCAUUGUGGAUGUCAGUCACACAGAAAAUGAGGGACAAGCCAGUGUUCGCCUCCACCACAAUAAAAGUGGAGCGUUGCUGAAAAAAAUUGCCCUUCAGGAACCAUGGGAUGUGACCUACAGUCAUGAAGUCUACUUUGACAGAGACACGAUAAUUCACAUUGAACAAGAGAGGAACAACUGCUACUGUUGCCAUGUUUAUAAGAUAAAAAGAAGGACAAACUGAUGACACUGUGAACACAUGAGAACACACAGCUUGUAAAUAUAUUCAAAUGACCAGCUAGAACUAUUUUUACUACACGUUGGAUUUUUCCUGUUUCACAGAUUUUCCACAAACCCACUGUGUUGAGUAAAAGGAGAUUUUUUUUGUGGUGAUGUCACUUUAAGAAGUCCCAUAGCAGUUGAGUUGCACUGACGUCACAGUGUCAGUCCUUUAAAUGUAAGGUCAUUGUGAGAGGCUAUAAGUUUUGGAGCACCGUUCAAUAAUAAUAAAAUUGGUUUACAAACCAGAUGUCCCUCUUCUCGUGUUCCAAUUACAGACCCAGUGUGUUGAGUAAAAGGAGAUUUUUUGUGGUGAUGUCACUUUAAGAAGUCCCAUAGCAGUUGAGUUGCAGUGACGUCACAGUAUUUGCCCUUUAACUGUAACUUCAUUGCGAGAGGCUGUAAGUUUUGUAGCACCGUUCAUUAAUAAUAAAACUGGUUAACAAACCUGA